AUGCCUCCCAAGAAGGACGACGUACUGAGCCAGAAGUCUGCGGCGGCUAGCAGCGAUGCUAUAUUAGCUGCUGUUAACAAGCUAGGGGCUGAGUUAGCUAAAGUCUCGCAGCAGGUGGAUGGCAUACAAAAGUCCAUGGAGGAGCGCCUGGACACGACUGAGAAACACCUUUCAACUCUGCAAAAUGACCACAGCCAAACACAACAACGCUUGGAGGAGACGGACGUGACAUUUUCCCAGGUAGAUGUCCGCCUUUCGGAAUUGGAGGCGACCUGCGCUGAGCUACAGGCUGCUAAUGCGCUCAAAGCUAAAAUGAAUGAUCUGUAG